AUGGCGCUAACACGGCGCACCAGCAGUCUCCUGAGCAUGCGGUCGGGUACAGCGACGAACAUCCUCACGGAGGUCAAAGCCAGGACGAGGAAAGCGCUACAGGACGCGGAGAAAGUCCAUGGAGAGUGUACACGCCAAUCGCCCAUUCCUGGUGUUGCAUCUCAUUCUCGUGUACAUGUAGUUGACAUCCACGUGGCUGACCUGCUGGCACAACUGUCGCUGUACUGCAUGAUGGGGGGCGAGUUCGACGAAGCGCUGCCGCUUCUUCAUCGAAAGCUCGUGAUCCACGAAAAGUUUGGACCGGACGACAGCGUCGGCGACACGCUGCAGCAGCUCGGCACGGCCUACCGCCUGUACGCCAACCACACAUUGGCGGCGCAGCAUCUCGAGAAGGCGCUGGAUCGGCGGGAAAAGAAGGCGGCGGCGGCGGCAACAGCCUCUCAGGAUGGCGGCGCAUUGUCGACGUCCCGAAAAGACAACCAAAAGGUGGCCGAAACACUCAACAGUCUCGCGCUACUCUACCACGUCCAAGGCAAUGCGGCCAUCGCAGACGACUACCACACGAGGAGUCUGGUGCGAUACGCUGCUUGUGUGGGGGAGGACGACAGUCAGAGCGAAGACAUUCCAUGGGAAGUGUUCAAGCGCAUGCAGUCGGCGGCGCCGAGCGUGGCGCAGAACAGCAUGACGCUGCUCAAGACGAAUCUCCGCAUGGCCAUGCAAGCAGAUGCGGCCGUGGCAUCGACGACAUCCCCGAAACCAAAGACAUUCGACUUGCCUGUAGCUAGCCACUUGAAAGCUGCCCAAGAUACCACAGAACAAAACACUCUUAGAGUGAGAAAGCACCGGUCGUUGUCACUGGGCUCGAGUCCGCUUUCAGCCCACGGCGGCCCCGCCAACGAUCUACAGGUCCAAGGAUGGAAUAAUAUUUCCGUCCCGCGCAACAAUGGUUCCACGACAACGACCCCAUCGCUUCGGCAUCACCAGCAUCACGUGAGCGCGGACACCGCGGCGGCGCUGACCGGCCCUUCCCAGCCACUCGUUCCCCGAGGAGACCGUCCGGUCCCGCACGAGCCCAUCACGAGCUUCGCCGUGCUCGUGGCCCGCAUCGAAAACGUCAAGCGGAGUGUCGCAGCAGGUCGCUCCGCCGUCGUCGAGCCGGAUGUGAACCGACUUGCGUGUGACAUUGCGCUGAUUGCCGCGGGCGACUUGCGCCAAGUGGGGCUGUCCAUGCUUGGCUUGUUGUACGAUGCCCUCAAGCUAUCAAAGCAGUUGGACCAGCGACAGGUGCCCGUGUUGGAAGGGUACUUGGACAAGAAAAGCUCGUCGCUGUUUCGGGGAUGGGAGCGGCGGUGGUUCAAACUGGACACGCAGACGGGAGUGCUCACGUACUUUCACUCACAGGAUGACCAAGCGCGGGGAUUUGCGCCGCGUGGCACGUUUGCACUGUCGCGCAUCUCGCACCUUGUCACACACCAGCACCUCCGGGGAAGCCACUAUGCGUUUGAUAUUGUCGUGGACAUGAGCACCCGAAGCAAUCCGCACGCGUGUCGGACGUUUGAACUGCGGUGCAACUCCGAGUCGGACUUGAACGAUUGGGUAAAUGCGAUCGAAAAGUUCCAAAAGGUAGCAAGUGAUGGUGCCAGCUCGUCCGUCGCUCCGUCGACCAGGACGUAA